CAGGAAAGAAGAGAGGGGGAGAAGGACCUACCCAGACAAAGGAAUAAGAGAGGGGGACUCAGUGCUGUUGACGAUUGUGGCUAGGCGAGUAGCAAUACAAAGCGUUCUUUGCAGCAAACAGGUUCACGUGUUAAUUUCUAUAUCAACAGGUUAUGGGCCCAGCUGUACGCACAGCUAACAGCUACUCUGUCUGAACAAUUAUUUUUUUUUGUGUGUGUCCCCGGCUAACUGUUCCCAAGAAAUUAGAAAUUCUUUUCUGGAGUGAUGGAGAAAGAUGGCCGCCGCCAUGUUGUAUGGUGUCUGAAUGGGAAAAACUACGCGUCUUGGAAAUUUGGAAUGAAGCUGGCGUUACAAAGUGUUGAGCUUUGGGAAGUCGUGAACGGGACUCAACGGCAACCUGCUGAAAGACGCAAUGCUGACCAGGUGAUUGAAAAUGCAGCUGAUAUAACCAACUGGAACAAGAGAAAUACCACGGCAAUGCAGAACAUAUUUGGCGCCAUCAAAGAAGACCAAUCAAGGAUCCUGAUGUCUUGUAGCACAGCCCAAGAGAUGUGGAUGAAAUUGGAGACUGAGUAUGAAGAAGAUGCCGCAGACAAUGCACCUCUAUUGUGGACAAAGUUCUAUGGAUGCACAUUUCGACCAAGCCAAAGUGUAUCAAGCUUCCUGACUGAGUUGGAACAGAUAGCAUUCCGUCUGAAGAGCCUCAACAUAGCUAUUGAUGAUAAUCAAAUAAUGGCAAAGAUACUCAUGUCGCUUCCUCCAGAGUUCCGUGUUUUUGCCUUUGCAUGGGACAGCACGCCUGUUGCAGAGAAAACUCUCAAGAAACUGACUACUCGCCUUAUAGCAUUGGACAAGAGCCUGCGCAACGACGAAGAAGCAAAAUCGACAUCUGAUACUGCCUAUCUCAGUAAGCCGAACAGAGAUGAAUCACAGCACAAAGAGCAAGCACUUCCUGCCCAGUACGGUCAGAACAAAGGAAAAAGCCACCCUUCCAGUCAACAUGCUGGUAUACCGAGAACAUGCUGGGAGUGCAACUCCACUACGCAUGUUAGAGCUCAAUGCCGUCAAUACAAACGCCGGCGUGAGAGAGAAGGAGAAGAAGCGGACAGAAAAAGGAAGCGUUACGAUCGACAUGACAGAAGAGAUGAUAAACUAUGUAAGCUCCCAGGAGCAACUGGCCGAUGCACUCACGAAACCCCUGGCUGCUCCACGCUUCAAGUAUCUCCGUGACAAGAUUGGCGUUCGGGGUGUAGGGGAGGUGUAACUGAAGAGUUAAAGGAGGCUGAUAUUUCUUUUCUUAUUAUUUGUCUUGUGACACUGAACCUAGUAUUUAUGUCUGAUUCAAAUAUGCUGUGUAUUCUGUGCUCAUGUUUAUUUUUGGGGGUCCAGUUUGAGGGGAGGUGUUGAGUAUAAAAGAUAAACAAACUGGACAGUGCGGCAACGCAGGAUAGCCAGGAAAGAAGAGAGGGGGAGAAGGACCUACCCAGACAAAGGAAUAAGAGAGGGGGACUCAGUGCUGUUGACGAUUGUGGCUAGGCGAGUAGCAAUACAAAGCGUUCUUUGCAGCAAACAGGUUCACGUGUUAAUUUCUAUAUCAACAGGGUGGAAGUCGGCCAUUUUGGAAAUAAAAUAUUUCGAGCUGAAAUUCACUGCUGCUUAAAGUUAUUGUUUCUUUGUGAGGGCGGAAUUUGUUUUUUUCUUCUUUUCUAUCCAUUGAGAGAGAGAUGGAAGAGGACCAGCUGUUGACGUGUGCAGAUACAAACAAAAAGAGGAUGAAAACCCCCAGCAACAUGGGCCUAUGUGUGUAUAUAUUUACCGGCUGCCCAGACCAAAAUAAUAUAAUGGCCACCGGAAUCCCCUAUAUCCUUUGACUGAGCUUGGGAACAAAAAAAAAAUUGGAAUAGAAUUUUAAUAUCCAUCAAAGUUUAGUGGCAUUUCACUAGACAAACACAAAAAUCUUGUUGCUAGGGGGAAAUAUGACUCACCAUGACG